GUAGUGCAUGGUGUUUCCAUUUAACUAUGACACUUCUAGGGGUCCUCGCCUUGCUCCUCCACGUGGCAUCUGGUGACUCUGUCAAGGCCAUCUCUGGUUUCCAUGGAGAGGCUGUAACCUUGGACUCAGGAGCCAACCCAUCAUGGAAUAUCUCAACGAUCGAGUGGUCAAUACUCAGCAACAACACUUUUAUUGCAACCUAUCGCAGUGGCCAGACAAGUAUUAACCGCUUCUGGCGAUACAAGGACAGACUGAGUCUCAACACAGCUACAGGUGAUUUGACCAUAAGGAAUUUGUCAGAAGAAGAUGCCAUCGAAUACAAUCUAUAUCUCAUAUACAGAAAUACACAGAAGCUGCGAUCAAAGACCAAGCUCACAGUGGCACGACGCAUCCAGAAACCCCAUCUCCGUAAACUCUUCAGUGGGCUUGUGGAGGAAACCUGUAUGAUAGUCAUGGACUGCUCCUCUGAAGGCAAGGCCAUUGAGUUCUCCUGGCAGGCUCAGCCUUACUCUUCUAUGAGACAAAGCGUCGGCAAAAACAGCUCAGUGUUGGUCCUCAGUGUUCAGGAUGAGGUCAAUGUCACCUGCACGGUCCGCAACGGUGUAGAGAACGCCUCUGCAGUUGACACAGUGCGGUGUUCUGAAGACAAGCCUAAACCAGGACCGGAGAAAGGAGGUUGCUCCACUGGUGUUGUUGUGGUAUUCAUCUUUGUGACUUUCAUGGUAUUUUGUGGCGGAUUUUGUCUUGGGCGGGUGUACAAGACAAGUUCACUUGAUGAAUGCAUUUCAAAAGCAUUUCGGCGAGAGAGCAACAAACAAGGAGGCCAGGAUGCACCACAGGGCGAUCUUGGCAACAAUAAUGACAAACAAGGAGGCCCAGUUUGAAGUUUUCUCACCAAAAGGACAUCUGAUUGUAGAAGAGGACAGGGAAAAGAAACCACGAGAGAUAUUGAUCACAGUAGU